GUUUUAGAACAGGAAAAUAAAACUUGUUUAACGAAUAGUAACAGAACAAGAAGCCUGCAGCAACUAAGCAACAAAAACCGAAAAAAAUUAUAAAUAAUUGGUUGGUGAUGCUGGGGGUCUGCGGUUGAAGCAGUGCGCCAGUAUACAAAAGUUGUGCUAAAGAAAGGACUUGAAGCAGAUCAUAAAAGAUGGCCAACUUUAAAGGACAUGCACUGCCUGGUACUUUCUUCUUUCUGUUUGGUUUCUGGUGGUCUAUGAAGUAUCCUCUGCGACACAGAUGGAAGAAAAGACAACAUGGCACGAGGCAAAGUCUGCCUGUGUUUUUUAACAGGAUAGACCUCAUUGAGGGGAGCCUAAAGAUCUUUUUCGCUUUUGUUGGCAUCAUGGCUGAGCAGUUUGUACCUGACGGACCUCAUGCUCAUCUUCUCAAUGAUGAGGGAUGGGUGAAACUGAUGAACUGGCAACACAGCACCAUGUACCUCUUCUUUGGCAUCUCUGGCAUUGCAGAUGUUCUCAGCGUGUCCUCACUUUCUGUCCCAGUUGGCCUUGACCGACUUGCCCUUUCUCUUGCUCUCUUUAUAGAAGGAUUCCUUUUCUACUUCCAUGUACACAAUCGGCCAGCUCUGGACCAGCACAUUCACUCAUUGUUGCUAGUGGCUGUAUUUGGUGGAGCAGCCAGCACAAUGCUUGAGGCCUUCUUGAGGGAUAAUAACUUGCUUGAGGUGUUCAGGAGCAGCCUUGCUAUUCUGCAAGGCACUUGGUUCUAUCAGAUCGGAAUUGUGUUGUAUCCUCUAAAUGGAAAAGAGUGGAACCAGGAAGACCAUGGCAAUAUCAUGUUUAUUACUAUGUGCUACUGCUGGCAUUAUGCAGUAGCAUUGCUGAUUGUGGGUGUUAACUACAGCUCAGUGUGGUGGUUUACAAACAGGUAUGGAGGGAAGCAGAGAACGGAUUUAGAAAUAAGCCUCAGGAAAACCAAUCAAUCUGAUUCUAUAUCCCAAAAGGCUUUGCUCCAGGAAUCAGAUGAAGAAUAGACUUUUGGUGAAUGAGCAUUUGAAGAUUUUCACUGACAUCUGUAUACAGUAGAAAUGUGAGCAGUUUUUAUAUUACUCUCCUACAGGAAUUCUGACUAAUCCCACUGAAAUGAAAGAAUGAAUGAUGAAUGAAUGCUUCAAAGCUUCAAAGCCAAUCCUCAUGGCCAAUCUUUGUCACACAAGCUAUGUAUUUUAUCACCUGUAACUUUAGAUUGUAGCUUUUUUUUACUUGAAAUUUUUAUUCCUGAACUUUCCAGCAAACACGUUAGGUUAACUUUUGUUAAGAUUAAACCCAACCAAUUCAAGCCAAGUCUUGUUAAUGAUGGUCUGUGAUGAAGGUCUUCACUCCGCACUUUGAAAACAAUUGCAUUAUAAUACACCAAAGAAUCUUAGAAACUUUGCAAGCCUAACAUUAUAAACUACAGUCAACCCCAGAUAAUUUGCGGUUCGGAACUCGCAGCUCGCAAAAUUUGCGUGUUCUCAUUGGGAACCUAACUAACAGCAAGUUGCGGAUUAUCUUUAAAUGUUCGGGAACGUUAGGAAUAACAAUGUUUUCACUAACAAAUUUCAUAAUUUUUUUUAAAAGCACACUAUUGUAUAAAAGUGACAAUGUGUAGAUGAAUUCACUACGGUACCAUAGGGGCUGCGGCGGUGCGUCCAAAAUUUGCAGAUUUCCGGAACUCGCUUAGAACGUAAACAUGUGCGAGUUCCAGGGAACCACUGUAUAACUAAUUAUAAAUAGAUGAACUGCUUUAUCCAGAUUCAUUCGAAUAGCAUAGAUAUGUUUAUAAUGAACAAGUUAAACAGCACAUGAGACAGCUUUCCUUUAAGCUACAUAUAAAUAAUGAUAGAUUUCUAAAAACUGUUUUGACUGUAAAGUAAGAAAAUGCAGUUGUAAGUUCCUAGAAACUAUCCUCUGUAUUUAUAGCCUUGAAAAAAAAAACCUGUGUUUCACAGAUCCUGUGAAUAAAGCACUUCCAUUAUCUCCGUAGCAGUGAAGUGUUUGGUUUGGUCUGGAAUAACUUGAUUUUCAUGCGAAUUUCUCAACAAGGUUCUAAAAUAGGUUCAACACGUGCAGCAAACAAGCCAGACCUGCUUCUGCAAUGAGGAUGUAAAUGAAGUGUGAGCACACAGGUGUAUUUUUAUUACAUCAUUUCUUUCGGCUUCUCCCUUUCGUGUAUUUACAUUACAUUGCUUGUUAUGUAUAAACAAUAAUCUAUUUUAUAAGGUAUUGUCCUUCAGGGUAAUGAAGAGUAUAUAUUCAGAAACACUGUUAUUUUUUAGUGGCAGACCAUAUAUGGUUUUUGUUUCAGGGCUGUAAUGUGGAAAUUGUCCAGUUACUGUGUUUCAACCACAGAAGUCUUUGAAUCUUCCUGUUGAACAUAGCAUAUGGAAAAAGCAUAAGGAAUGUAUUUAGCAUAUGUGUUGUAUGUUUAUAAAAAAUGUCUACUUCACAUUUCACCAUGUGAAGGUUUUUGGAAUUAAGUUUAUUCAUGAUAUGAAAAUGUUCUUGGCAAACUGAAUAAUGUGUUUUAGCAGAAAAGGUAAACCAAAUAAAAGAUAUUUAUUUGAGAUGACACCA